AUGCUGCUGCUACUGCACAAUAACGGUGCCCGCGGCUUCAUGUGGAGUCGCGCGCCUGUGAAAAGGCACGCACGGACACGGAGAGCCACGCAAGUGACCUUCUGAUCGCAUCAGACGGCGUGUGCAUUUUAAUAAAGAGCGGACAGGCAGCAAAGUCCCUGCGGGGUGAGGAGUCACACUUGGAAAAAAGACGCGAAGUCUCUCCGCGGGUCACUGCCUCAGGAAAUGAUGACAGUGUCCUCCAUCACGGCUUAGCCGCUUAAAGCGAACACUUCGCGUCUUGCGGCCAUUUCGUCUGGACUCAGCUGCCUUCGAUUGAACACGUUUGAAAGCCUGACGCGGGCUGCUGGUGGUGCUGGUGGUGCCUCGGAGGGGGAGCAGGUGCAGCGCCCGCACGCAGCUUCGCUUCGCGGGUCCCCACUGAGCUUGCUGGCCGGUGACUUCAAAAUCUAAUCUGGUGGACCAGGCUGGACAUCAUCUUUGAAGAAUGACAUCCACUAUAGAGAGGAAGACGCUGGAGGCCAGCGAGGAACCGGUGGAUGAGGUCCUCCAGAUGCCUCCAUCUCUGCUGACAUGCGGUGGAUGUCAGCAGAGCAUUGGUGACAGAUUCUUCCUGAAGGCCAUCGAGCAGUACUGGCACGAGGACUGCCUGAGCUGCGAUCUGUGUGGCUGUCGGUUGGGGGAGGUGGGCCGUCGGCUCUACUACAAGCUGGGAAGAAAACUGUGUCGGAGAGAUUACCUCAGGCUUUUUGGCCAGGACGGUCUCUGCGCUUCCUGUGAAAAGAGGAUCCGAGCAUUUGAGAUGACGAUGCGUGUGCGGGACAAGGUUUACCAUCUGGAGUGCUUCAAGUGCGCUGCCUGCCAGAAGCACUUCUGCGUGGGUGAUCGUUACCUUCUCAUCAACUCAGACAUUGUGUGCGAGCAGGACAUCUUUGAGUGGACCAAGCUCAACAACAAUAAUAUGGUUUAGGAGGAUGUCUUCUUCCCCCUUGAUUCAAAGGGAAUGGACUACUGAUAGACAUUUCAUAUUUCAAAUGCAGGCUUUAUAAUGCAUAUGAAAUCAAUAUGGAAUCAUUAAAAAAAGCAAACGAGGGGCUACGUCUCUGCAUGUCUCCCUGAUGGGGACUAAUGAAGACUGCGCCAGCAAUAACCGAGAGCUUUUUUAUUGAAGGCAAAAAAUAAAUGCUCCAAUACUGACAAUGUUUAAAAAUGCAAUAUUGGUCAUUUGUUGUAUGCUGGAACUUUAGAACAAAAACAAGAUAAAAAAAUAUUUGUCCAGUUUCUUGCAGUCUUUACACUGAGCAGAUCAGCAGCUUGUCUUUUAUGGAUUUGUAAUUUCUUAAUACUUUCCCAGCGCUAAUUAUUUUUGAACUUUGUUAAAAGAAUGCGUCUCUCUCUAAAUCUAAACAUACAUUAACUGAAUGCUUAUUCAUUGUAACUGUAAUAUGUUAAAGCAGUGGUUGUCGGGCUUUAUUUUGCAUGCCUCCAGUAAGAAGCUGAGAAGAGAUCACCCACCUUAUCACUUCCAAAUCAAAUCAAAUCAAAUCAAAUCAAAUCACUUUUACUGUCACAUCACAUGUGCAGGUACACUGGUACAGUGAGUGAAAUUCUUGUGUGCGAGCUUCACAAGCAACAGAGUUGUGCAAAACAUAUUCCACCAACAUAUAUUUCUUCAUAUUUUUAUGAAAAAUUAACGAAACAAGCAUUGAAGCUGAAUUUAAAUCAAAUUCAAGUCAUCAUUAUAGUGCCCCACUUCAUUCAUUCAACUUAAGUUGAUAUUUUUCCACAUACAACCAAGGUCCACUUCACAGUCUGUGAAACACUCUCUUAAAGUCAUUGUUUGCCUGUGGACAAAUUUAAAAUGCUCGAACGGCCUGCUGCACUGGCUGAUUCACUAGAAAUUAGGUGGAUUGAAUGAAGUGGAUGUGUGCCAGGUGAAUGCCGUGUCUGUACAUCUAUGAUCGUUUCUGAAAGUUUUCAAGAAAAUUUGUGAAAAUUUAUUAGGAAAUUACAGACCUGUAAUUAAAGCAUUACCUGAUUUUCAUAUUAUAAAUUAACAAAAAACAUCCACUUAUUUAAAAAAAAAAAAAAAAAAGUUCUGAUCAGAAUGAUUAUGUAUUACCGGGUUGAACUGGUGGCGCCCUCUAGUGGUCAAGGAACCCAUGCAAUUCUUGUUUUACUGACUUUGCAGAGGUUUUGCAUGCGUCUUUUGUAAUUUUACCUAUUCUCUGGACAUCCAUUCAAGACUUUUUGUAUAUUAACCUUGAAGUUAUUUAAUAAAUGACAAUUCAGAGCAAUACUGAUCAUCUUUGGGUGUCUUCCUGGCAGUCACAAAAAUAAAGUCAAACAGCUUGUGAGAUAUUGAUGCAGAUACAAUUUGUAACACGUUAUUUACCAGAAUAACAGCAAAUAAUACGUUAAUUAUGGUCAAGAUAAUCUCUUUAUGCUCCGAGCAGGAAUGGCAAAUCAGAGUUGAAAUAUAUACUGCACAUUGGUCACAGCAACAGUUAUCUAAAAUGUAAACACAAGAAGCAGAGAACUGAAGUACCACUUAGUACCACUUUGACCAACAGAGAACAUGAAAACCAGCUUCAUCUGUGUUGUCUUCAUCCUGAUAGGUUAAGU